UUCUUUGAAGUCGUAUUUACGAGGGUUACAAUGUUUGGCUGCGACUGCUGUCGCAGUGACGAUUUUUAAGGCUGUUACUGCCUCUGAAUGACCAUUCACCUCUUGGAUAGCUAAGCUAAAGGAUCGUUAGCCACCAUAAUCGAACGUAAAUCUACGUGUCGAAGUUUCAAAACAUCUGAGAAGUGUACAACACUAGAAGAAUUAUAGGAAAACAGUACUAUAACAAUUUGAUGUACAUUCGAAUACGAUUAUUUCGUGUGCACAUUCUGGUGAUCGAAGAUGGCACUCUGGAAAUUUGUUUGCGAAGGAAAUUUGGAAAAAGUCCGGGGAAUUUUGGAACAAAGCUCCGAUGAAGAGCGUAGGAGAUUGUUGAAAAGGACAUUUGGACGAACCAAGAUGACAGUUCUCCACAAAGCCAUCGAGGAAGGCCAUGAGGACAUUGUUGAGUUACUGCUGAAGAAACAAGCAGAUGUCCACCUUACUGAUCAUCAUUGCCGCACAGCCCUUCAUACUGCCACUUCAAAUGAAAAAGAAAACAUCCGUGUUAUUAAAUUAAUCCUCAACUGUCAAGGUGUAGAGGUCGAUGCCCUAGAUGAGUAUGGUAAUACUCCAUUGAAGCUUGCAGCGGAAAAGAACCACUACGAAACCGUGGAGCUACUGAUAUCAAAGGGGGCUAAUGUGAACCAAGCAGACAAUGUUGACAACACCCCUCUCCAUGUUGCUGCAAAAAAAGGCAAUGAUCAAGUAUUGGAACUGUUGCUUGCCAAAGUAGAUGCAAGUACUGUUGGAAAACAGACUAAGGAAAAAUAUACAGCUCUGCACUAUGCUGUUGAAAGUAAAAACGAGAGAUGUGUUGCACUUCUGUUAAAACAUGGUGCAGGAACCUGUGUUGAGUCAGAAAAUGAGCAAGGGCGCACGCCACUGGACCUAGCAAAUGAUCAUCGUAACCAAACAAUUCUGGAGUUACUGAGGAAUCCUAAAAGAGCCAGCGAAUAUCUUAGAAAGCAACAGCCAAGAGCGCCGCUAGGAAAAGGUGGUUCUGUGGAAUCAGACAGCUCUUUCAGUAAUCCAGCUCAUCUACAGAAUUUAUUGGUCCAAGCAGAUGGAGUAGCUUCUCAACUUCCACCAAAUGGCCAUGGCGGUGGUCCAAUUAGUGUUAUAGUAACUGAAAACGUGACCUUUAAUCAAAGUUAUGAAGUGAAUGUCCAACCUGGGGGGACAGCAGCUAUUGGACAAGGAGCUCAAAUUAACAAGUCACAAACCGAUAGUCAAAAUGUACCCAAAGAGCAGAUGCGCACUGGUGGAGCUGAAUUUAAUAUCGAUGUGAACGGUGGUAAUGUAGCUGCAGGAGAUGACAGCAAGAUCAACGUGAACACGGGACAAUCAGGAGCCCCGAGCCCCGCGGGAAGUAGCGAUAGUCCGGUUAAUUUUCCAGGAGAUCAGGAGAAUAGAGAUCCUCAUGGAAGAUGUCCCCCCGAAACAGGGGCACCCGUAGAGAAUUCAGAUUCCCAAGGACCUUCUGAGGCAUCGCUCCCUCCUUUGGAAGGAUUUCCCGGGGGUGAAGGUCGCGGAGCUUUAUCCCGUUCGUUUCCAGAGGAAACAGGGCCAGAUGAUAAAUCGCUGGCUCAGCCAUUACAAGAAGAAUUCCCUUCGGAGAAAGGUAGCGGAGGUUCACUCUAUCCGACACAAGAGAAAUCCCCUGGCGAUAAAUCGAAUGGAGCUUCACCCCUUUCAGUCCAAGAGGUUUUUCUCCCAGAGAAAAAAGAACAAUCGCUGGCUCAACCAGUGCAAGAGGAAUUCCGAAGUAAUAAGGAUAGCGGCACUUUACCCCUUCCUCUCCAAGAAGAUUCUCCCCCAGGGAAAGGUCAUCAAUCGUUACCUCAACCGGUGCAAGAGGAAGCUGUGGGGGACAAAGAUAGCAGCACCUCACCCCUUCCAGUCCAAGAAGAUUCUCCCCCAGGGAAAGGUCAUCAAUCGUUACCUCAACCGGUGCAAGAGGAAGCUGUGGGGGACAAAGAUAGCAGCACUUUUCUCCUUCCGGUCCAAGAAGAUUCUCCCCCAGGGAAAGGUCAUCAAUCGUUGGCUCAACCAGUGCAAGAGGAAUCCCGAAGUGAUAAGGAUUGCGGCACUUUACCCCUUCCAGUCCAAGAAGAUUCUCCCCCAGGGAAAGGUCAUCAAUCGUUACCUCAACCGGUGCAAGAGGAAGCUGCGAAGGACGAAGAUAACGGAACUUUAACCCUUCCGGUCCAAGAUGAUUCUUCCUCAGUGAAAGAUCAUCAAUCAUUAGUUCUACCAGUUCAAGAGGAAGCUCCAAGAGAUAAAGAUAGCGGAGCUUUACUUGUUCAGGCCCAAGGGUAUUCUUCACAGAGUUUAGAGGCCCAGUCUGGAGAGAGGGUCUUUCAAGAUGGAAAUCACCAGUUAACUGAAGGUGGUAGACUUCACAGGGUCCCUUUGAGGGGAGGACCGCCACUCCCUUUUCCACAAACGACUCCUCGAAAUCGUGGAGGUGGGAAUGCAAGUUAUCAUAACUCAUCAGAGAAUGCCCGGGCCGAGUCGCCCAUCGGCGAAGCGCCUCACAGAACAGAGCGUCAUUCCAGGGACAAUUCCCCAUCAGCAACGAUCGACCUUGGGGAUUUAGAUUGUCGUCCUGAUGGCGUUCAAGAUGAAAAUCCUGACGAUGACAAGGGAGGUCAUAGAGUAUGCAACUGUAUAGGCAUGUGAAUGUUUAAAACGUUUGGAUGUAGAGAGGUGAUAAAGAAGUGAUAAUUUUUUUCAACCCCUCAUGAGUAACUAAGAAACAAUUUCUCCUAACACUUUCAGUACAAUAUCAAGAAGAAUAGUGACGAUGAGAUCUUGGGAAUGGAAGGGUCAAGAUCAUUUCUGCACAUGCGAUUCGCACGAUGCUGCUUCUGCAAUAAUGCAACUAAUUAGGAGAUUACCUUUAAAUCAUCUCACUCGUAUUUAAGCACCAAUUUGCAACACUGACUACUUUAUCUUUCUUCUCAUUUUAGUUAAGAGAAUGCUGUGUUCAAUCCACCGGUUUUCCUUAUCUGAUAUUCUUCCUUCUUCUCGUCACCUUUCCGCUCGAAGUUGUAUUGAAAUGUUAAGGAGAAAUUCAAUUUUGGUCUCUUUAGGGAGUGAAAGGGUUAAAUGAGCACUGAUCAGAGACGUAAAGUUUGGUUCUGGUAGAUUUAUUCGUUCUUAGAUUGUGACAGUUUUUUUCAUUAGAAAAAGUAGUAUUAUUAUUUUUCUUCCGUGAAGAUAGGUUUCAUUGGCAAAGGAAAAAAAUUUGAAAUUAAUCAGCAUACGAUUUCUAUAUGUUUUUGAAGGAAAACACAACCAAUGAAAUUUUAAAAUUACAAUAUACUUCUGUACAGAAAGCCAUGUUAGGAAAUUAGAUUAUCAGAUAUAGUUAUUUAUAGGGCCUAUAUUAAAUGCUCUAAGUUUCUGGUUGGGAUUCAGAAAAUUAUUAAGCAUACUUCUCCUCCGAUACGAGAAUAGGUUUGAGAUGGAAGAGAGACCAGACAGAAAGGCUAUGAUACUAUGUUUUUUCAAAACUUGACGCCACAUUGUUCAACAAAUAUUGUGUACUUAUCAGCCAAGUUAUUGCUCCUUUUUGCUGUUUUCUUACCGGGUUAUUUGAAUUUAGAGAGAGUAAAAAUAUACUUCAAUACAUCGUUUUAUCCCAAGAAAAAGGCGAGACUUUGAAAGCAAGGUGUUUAUUCAGGGCAAGAUGCGAGAAAGUGUCGAAGUAAAGUGUAUGCUGUCCAACAUUUAGUGUGAGUGGUGACCUCGCAUGAUGCUGGUUUUGAUGGUGUUCUUGUUAUUUAUUUCGGUUCAAUAAUUCUGAAUUGAAACGAUAUAUUAGACUUGCAUUUCCAAUGUCGAAAUUAGGAAGCACCCUGUUGAAUAGUUAAACUCAGAGCUUGAUAAAUCAUUUAUUAAACCGAUUAAAGGGAUUGCAAUUGCCAAUCGGAAAGAACCUUGUAAAACAAGUUAUGAACCCAUGGCGCCAAGCGCGGGAAAAACGAGUAACCAAUCAGAAGAAAGAUACCAAAACAAUGUCUUGAGCCUAAGAUUUCAAGCUCGGAAAACACACAUGACUAAUUCGUUAUUCAUUAUGUGUAUUCCUCUGAUUGGUUACUCUUAAAUUUGUCCUUUCGUGAUGUGUUAUUAAUCUUUGUAAAACUGUGUUGGAGAAGACACAAUAAAAUAAUUUUUUUUAGAAA